AGGAGCUGCGCUGCCGGGGGGGGGCGGGGCUUCUGGUCCCGUUCACAGAAAGUGCCACGACUCUGCAGGCUGACCGCGAAGAGACCUCCUGAGCGACACGCUGACCCGUCAUGGACGUCUCUGACCCGCAGACCCUCAGCUUCAUGGUCUUCGGGGGCUUCAUGUUCAUCUCGGCGGUGGGCAUCGCCCUCGUCUCCACGCUCUCCAUGAAGGAGACGUCGUACGAGGAGGCGCUGGCCCAACAGCGCCGCCAGCUCGUCCAAACGCCGCAGAGAGCAGAGAAGAAGAAGAAGGACAGGGCGCCAGAGAAGAAGAGCAAAGCCAAGAAGAAGGAGCUUUCACAACCACGCAGUGAUGCUGGCGAGGAGCUGGAGGUGGUGGCUAGUCCUGAACCAGAACCUGAGCCAGAACCUAUCACUGAGCCUGAAGCUGAACCAGAACCCGCCGUGGUCACUGCCUCUGACCCGGCACCCUCGCCGAAGGAGAAGAAGAAGUCGGCCAAGGUGGUGCCGGCCACUGUGUUGGAAACCGUUGCUAAGGAGGUUCUGAUCACGGCCAUGGUACCGGGGCUGGACGUGUCCCUGGCGAACGCCGUCACUGAAGAACCCAAAGAGACGGCAAGAAAGAAGAAGUCCAAGAACAAACUGGAUCCAGUUACUGACUCCUCCCUGCUGCUGCCAUACGACGAGCUGCAGAAACAUCUGGAGGAGAAGGAGAAGCUGUUGACCAGCGAGCAGGCGUACGUCGCCAACGCCAAGAGCCGUCUCCGAGAGCUCAGCAAGGAACUCAGUGCAGAAAAAAAAAAGAUGGCGUCUUUAGACGCUCGCCUGAAGGCGGAGCUCAGCGCUCAGGUUCAGAAAGUCAACUCUAUGCGGGUCACCAUGGAGACUACUACCCAGGAACACCUGAAACAAACACAGCAGCUCAACCAGAAGGUAUGGUCCAUCUGAGUCGUUCCGUUGUAGCUGGAGAACGGUUCCAACGCACAGCUGGCCCGGCUGCAGCAGGAGAACUCCAUCCUCCGAGACGCCCUGAACCAGGCCACCAGCCAGGCAGAGAGCAGACAGAACGCAGAGUUGGCCCGUCUCCGGCAGGACUGCGUCCGUCUGGGCCGGGAGUUGAGCGAGCGCACUGAUGCUCUGCGGGUCGACGAGGAGCGCAGGAAGAGCUUGGAGGACAAGGUGGCCUCCUACGAGCGAAAGAUGUCCCAGUCCCAGCUGGUCCGAGACGAGGCUGAGCGCGCUCUGAAGCAGCAGCUGGACGAGCUGCGUCUGAAGCUGAAGACGUCGCUGCAGGAAGCUGCAGCUGUUAGCGAGCUGAAGGAGGCUCUGGAGUCUAGAGACAUUGAGCUACAGGAGCUAAAGGUCCAGCUGGAGAACCAGCAGGUGGACGUGUCGCUUGAAGUGGAUCGACUGAAGAUCUGUGUAAGCGCAGAGGAAGCAGCUGAUGCUGAUGAUGAUGAUGAUGAUGAGAGAAAGAAAGACGGGUCAGAAAGUGAGACAGAGUCUGAUCAACCGUUUGAAAAUCUGGAAGAAGAUUCUCAGCUGCUCCGUCUGGAGGAAGAACUUCAGCAGCUUCAUCAAACUCACAUCGAGCUGAAGAACAAAAUGGCGGCGCUUUCGACAUCAGAGCGCCAAAAUGAGCAGCGGGAGGCGGAGCUUAAAGCAGCACUGGAGGCAGAACUUCAGGAGUCACAGCGACGCUCCAAACAAGAAGAAGACACCUGGAAGAAGAAACUGUCUGAAGCCCAACUGCAGAAACAAACAGUCCUGGAUCAGCUGGAGCUGCUGCAGGACAAAGUCCAGUCACAGAAGACGGAGACAGAAGACACUCAGCAGCUGAAGGUCAAGAUGAUGCUCCUGGAAGCUCAGCUGGAGAAACAGCUGGAGGAGGCCAUCCUCACUCAGAGCUGCAGCGAGGAGCUCGCCCAGGUUCAGUCUCAGGUGCAGCAGAUGUGCGUCCAGCUGCAGGCGGAGCAGGAGCAGCGGAAGCAGCUGGAAAGACAGCUGGAGCAGGCUCGACGGGAGGUGAUGGGGCUGCAGCAGAAGGUGGAGGCUGAUCACAGAUCUGCUGCCACGCUGCAGGAGGCCCAGGACACGGAGACAGAGGACCAGGAGAAGGUGGAGACAAAGACGGAGACGGAGGACGCAGAGAAGGAGGGGGUCCAGGCAAAGGAGGCAACCGCAGUGUGAAACACGCGUGUCCUUCUUGUCUGGUUUCCAUGGUAACAUGUAGUGUAACUUGCAGACGGGAUGGUGUUUUGUUCCACUCGACCAAUAAAGUGAAGCGUGUGACACUCA